UUUUGCCUUAUUUUGUUUAUUUUUUCUAUUAAUAAUUGGCACAAUUGCUUUAUUUACUGAUUUUGCUCUUUUUUAUCGUCUUUUAAAUAUUAUUCCUUUUAAUGAAUUUCCUGGCCAAUCAACUGUUGCACUUUCUGCAGAAUCUUUGGCUAGAAUAUUUUGCUGAAAGAAAUAAUUAUAUGCGUUAUUGCUUGGCUUACAGUACACCUUUAAAGACAUUAAAUAGUGCUAGAUAA